AACCGAAACAAAACGAACUACACUGACUACAGAGUAUAGGUAUAGACAAACUGAAUAAUACUUACUAUUUUUUCUAUUGGAAAAUGGACGGUGAACUAGAAAAUGAAGUGAAGAAUGAUAUAGAGAAGGUAGUGUCAACAGACCCCUCCAGUGAGAAGGACAUUUCUCCUAUUAUUAUUAAUAGACUUGAAGGUGUCUCAGCUGCAGAUCAUAAUGAAGAAAACGCGGAAAAUAUGAAAGCUAAUGAGGUCCCUGUUGAAAAAGCAGCUACCUCUGAACCAGAAGAGAACAGUGGGUAUGCUGUCAGCAGCACAAAUGAAGACUUGAUUGUGAAGAUAAAUGAAGUUAAAGAACAGCCGGUACCCCAUGAAGUGAGUGUUCAUCACAAGACCCCAGAGACAGAGAACAUCAGUCCUACUCAAGAGGAAGAAGAUGAGGCUGAGGAAGGUGAACCUACUGCUGCUCGUGCAGACAAAGAAGACAUCAGCUAUGGAGAGUACAUGCAGCUACUCCAGGUGCUGUGCGAGGAGAGGGAUAAAGCCAGCCAGCACAGCAGCCGGCUGCAGAUGGAGCUGGCAGAGUACUUCCACAAAAAGGCCAGAGACGACGGCCGUGUGGAGAGAGAGCUGUCAGUGUCAGAGCAGCUGCAGGAGUAUGAGGAGCACAUUAAGAUCCUGAGUGAUCUGAAGCAGCAGCUCACCUCUGACUCAGAGACAGCUCAGCAGCAGGAAGAGGAGCUGAGUUUACAGUCCCAAGAAAGGCUGAACAAGGUGGAAGAUGAAUGGCGAAUGUUUUUGGCACUUAAACAGGAUGUGGCUGUGACACUACUAUACCGAUGCCUUGGUAGACAAGCUGCUCAGGCCAAAGUGGAGUCAAUCCUGGCGGCAGAGCAGCUUCGCCAGGACAAGCUGAUCAAGCUACGCCUCAAGAACAUCAAGCUGGGGAGGAGGAUUCAGAGGUUGGAGGCAGAGCUCCGUGAAGGGGAGGAACAUGCCAGGGACUCUCUGCAACUCCAAUUUGAGCAGCUGCAAGCUGAAAGGAUGGAGCUGAAGAGACAUAUUGAUAAGCAAAAUGAGGAAUCCUUAAAGAUGCAGAGAAAGAUCAGCAGCAGUUUGGAGGUCCUGUCAAAUGUAAAGGAGAAGCUGUUUUGGAAGCAGAAGGAGGUCCAGACAAAACGAGAGCAGUUGGCUGAGGUGGAGGCCACUGUGGCCAUGAAGAAGGACAUUCUGGCCAGGACAAAGCAGACACGCAACAGCCUGCAAAGAAACAACUUAAAGCUGAUGGAACGUUGUGGACUGCUGGGGAACAGGGUCCUCCUGCGGGACUUUGAGGACACUGUGGAUGCCUCCAACCACCUAGAGGAACAACUGGGGAAUCUGAAGGAUCAGCAAGCUGAAAUCAUCUUCAAAUGUGGCAGAUGGAAAAAAAAAUGAACGAAUGAAUUUAUAAAUGUACAAAUAACUGCUACACAAUAUUAGACCGAAAAUGGCUAGAUUCCAUGGACAUGGACCACUGGGAAAAAAAUGAGCAGCAGGCCUUACAAUUUGUAGUUUUAUGUGAAGUGUGUCAACACAAUAGCUAACAGGGGGUUAUUUCCAUGUAAAUUACAUUUUGGGAAAUGCAUUAAUUAGCUUUUUGGCAGACAGUUUGAUAUAAAGAUUGAUACCAAUCUAAGGCUAGUGCUCUAAGAUGAAGCUGGAGCUGAGAGCCAAUUAGCUUAGCUUAAUAUAAGUAUGAGGGAAACAGCUAGCCUAGCUCCAUUCAUAGUUAAAAAAAAAUGCUCACCAUGAGGUUCUUAACUACUAACACUGUUGAAUACCAGGUAUGGAGCUAAAGCCGGAAAGCUAGGCUGUUUCCCAAGCUUAUUGGCUCAUAUUGCCAUCCCACAUGGGCUCCAUGCUAAAUGCACAGGAAUGAAAAUUAUGUCUUCUCAUCUUACUCUCAAAAAAGAAAGAAAGAAAGAGGAAAAGAAGCAUAUUUCCCAAGUUUGUUAUUAUUACUUAAAUUUUACUUUGAGCUGACUGGACUACUAGUAAAGAGACUGCUGAACUCAGUUCCAUCAGUUCAGCCAAAUCAGGCUGCUGUUUUCACUUGCCGUCAGUAGAUGGCACUACUGUGCAACAGCGUACAGACAUCUGUGAGCAAAAUGCACAGUAGUAGAAAAGUAUUUGACGACAAGCAAAAUUCUUGGUCUUACAGUCCAUUGUAGGAAAAAAAUUUGUCAAAUUUGUUAAAUUACAUACUUUUUGUUUGUGAAUCAUUGUAAUAAAAAGCCAUAAUAAUCCACAUUGA